AUGCUUGGAAGAGCACAGAGACAAAACGCGGAACUGCAGAUCAGAAUCACAGACCGACUGACAGUGAGUUCAGCAGAGCUCCUACUCAGCCCUCCCUGCCCCUCCUCUCCUGCAGGGCAACCUGCGGUGUUCCUAUGGAUCCUCCCCUUCGGGUCAAACAAGGACAGGCCAAGCCCUGCACUUGAUGUUCCUGCUGGGUAUUGUGACCAUAUGAUUCCUCCGAGCCCCUUCUUAACCAUUUUGAGGUCAUUGGGAGAAGUCCUGCCUCAUUCUCAGACUAUCUUCUUGCUCAGCAGACAAGGUCCAGGCUUCUCAGACUACGUGGCCCUGCGGGUCCCCAGGAGCCAUGUGGAGAGUUUGAGACGGUGCUGCUUCCAGAAAGCAAAUUGCAGGUUAGAAAUCAGAAUAUUUCAAAAAGGGGUGAAAAGUUUGGGGCAGAGUGACUGCUACAUAAUGAAGAUUCCUCUGAGAAUGCCCAGCCUGGGCCAGGAAAAUGUCGACGGCAGGCCCACAUUCAUUCAGGUGUCGAGCUCAGAGGGCUGGAGUGGGAGGGGGAACAUCCCAGGCUGGAGGUCCUGCUCUCUUUCCUGCUCCAGCCAGGUAAAGGGCCCACCACCUGCCAGGUGCUCCCGCGAGGGCUCUGUUCCCAUAAAGUGUAAGGAGUACGCGUGUCCCGUUUGCCUUCCUCCCCGUGUGGCCUGCUGCCUGUCCUCGGCCCUGUCACCUUCCCGAGUGUCUCCACAAGUGUGCCUUCUGCUUGAACCCCAAGGGACCCUGUCUCCUUGGCCCAGCUGGCUGUGUGUCCUGUUUCUUCAGCCCCUGCGGCUGCCGUCCCUUCGAGAGAUGCUGGUGGCUUCUCCGGAAGGUGCCAGCCUGGUGGGAUUAUAUGUGGACACCGCCACCGCCACCAUCAUGCAAAGCCCAAGGCAAACCCUCCUCGAGGCGCAGGGCUGGUGGUGGGCGGCAGCCCUGCCAGGCUUGGGGUCUCGAGGCCUAUCAUCCUCAGAGCUGCCAUUGGGAGCGGCUUUCUGUCCCUCCGGUGUUGAUUCAAAUGUCCACCUGGGAGACUGGAAAGAUGUAGGCAGGCGGCUUCGCAGAUUGGGCUCCAUCAGUGUGAAGUGCUGCGUGCGGCAGAUGAGGGGGUCCUGCGAUCACCUGCUCAGCCCUCCCGAUUUUCAGAGGCCACAGAGGGACACCCUGCCUCCCCUGCUGCUGAACAGCUCCCUGGACCUCCUGCCCCUUUGUCUUGUGAGCUGCUGCUGAGCUUAUUUAGAAGCUGCUGGCCCUCUGGCGUCAUCCCAGCCAGGGUUGGAGGUCUUAGUUCACAUCCCAAAACAGAGACUGGUUUGAAGAGGAUCCUACUUGGAGGAAAGCCUGAUAAAAUUCCUCUCAGUCCACCAGUCCAGCACAGUGACUGAAAACAGAGACUUUGUGCUGGUCCGUGUCCCAACAGCUGGGUUGCCCCAGGUCCAGCAGUUCCUGGAGGCCCAAGGAGCUCUGGGAAUGCAGGCUUUUUACAGGGUAGCCCUGAGCCAAGGGUUUUCCCCCAGUGGCUGCCCUUGUCCCUGGGUGGUGGAGAGCUUCCAGAACAUGGAACCUUCCCCAGAGAAAGCAAGGGGCUGCCGAGGGCUCCCAUCUGAGGGCAGCCUCCCCACCUUCCCCACCAACCGUCCUGCCUGCGCCUUUGACCUCCCAGGGCCUUGA